GACUGGAGCACACCUUCCCUUACACAGAUCGAUGGAAUCAAAUUCAAACUCAAACCCCAUUAAGAUGUUUCUCCCAAUCCUCUUCAUCAUCUCUUUCCUUGUCUUCUCUUCUUCCCAAGCUUCGGUGCUCGACUUCUGUGUUGCAGACCUAUCACUCCCCGAUGGACCUUCAGGCUACUCUUGCAAGGACCCCAAUAAAGUUACCGUCGAUGACUUUGUUUACUCCGGCUUGGCCAGCCCCGGCACCAUCUCAAACCUCACCAAGUCUGCCACAUCCACCGCCUUCGCCGACCAGUUCGUGGGGCUGAAUGGGCUCAGAGUCUCCAUGGCCAGGGCUGACCUCGAGGUGGGCGGCGUUGUGCCCCUGCACAGCCACCCCGGAGGGUCGGAGAUCGCAUUCGUCGUCUCCGGAACGAUCACCGCCGGGCUGAUAUCUACAACGGCGAACAAAGUUUACGUCAAGACCCUGAAGAAGGGGGAGAUGAUAGUUUUCCCGCAAGGGUUGCUGCAUUUUUUUGUGAAUUCCGGGAACAGGAAAGCUCUUGUGCUGGUGAGCUUCGGCAGCUCGAGUCCCGGCCUCCAGUUCGUUAAUAAUGCCUUGUUUGGGAACGAUUUGCCGACAGAGUUGUUGGCGAAGGCGACCGUGCUUGAUGCUGCGGAGAUCAAGAAGCUCAAGGCCCUCGUUGGGGGCUCCGGUUAAGGCCCUCUUCUCUAUUGUUGCUGCUAUCAUUUAAUAUACCCAAAACAAUAAGCAUAUCUCUGUUGUUGUGAUGAUAUAAUAAUUUUCAUUUCAUUUCAUUUUAAAUGCAAAUGUUGUUAAGGCCCCUUGUAACUGCCGUCAGCCUCUUCUUGUUGCAAUUAAUGCAUGCGCGCGAGCAAUCUACCCAAUAACUGUAUGCAAAUGCUUUAUUUUCUUGA